AGAACGCUUUCCGACAGAAAAUGGCGACUUACGCAUGAGGACGUGAAGUACUCGGCAAUGACAUUUAAGUCAUUGUUUAUGUUCUGUUAUUAGGCUCCGUUUCUUUCUUAUUUUGGGUUUAAUGUUUGUACCGUCUCGGGAGGAGACAUUAUAGAAAGGCGAUGAGUGGAUCUGUGAUUCAAGAGAAGGUUGCUAAACUGUUGAGCAGGCAGAGUGGAAAACCCGUGCUGAGACCCAUCAAACCUCUGGCGCUCAAGAAUGAAGUCGCCAGCCGCAAACUGAAGAAAGGAGAGGCCACCUGUGUAACAGAAAUGUCAUUGCUGAUGGCUUGCUGGAAACAGAAUGACUUCAACAACACAGUCUGCUCUAAAGAAGUCUCAGUCUUCUACACAUGUGUUGAAAAGGCGCAGAACAAGGCUAAAGCAAAGCAGGGAACCCAGGGUCGACUUUUGCCUAAAGAAGCCAACACCUUAUUAAAACGCUUUCCCAACCAGAGCAGUGAAAUCUAGGACCAGUAACACAGAUUAGUCAAAGAAUGGACACUUUUAGUGUCUGAGCUGUAUAAAUGGGGACUUUUUUUCUGAGUGUAUGACUGGGCCGGGCAGUUGAUGAGAAUGGGGUGUGGAAAGGUUUUCUAAAAAAACAAAACGCAAUUAAGUCUGCCAAAAGAAUAUCAGCGGAUGCUCACAAAAGCAAAUGAACUGCAUUCGCAAGGUUUUGAAGGCACUUUUGAUGAUUACUACAUUACUGCACUCCUGUAGGUCAUCUCAUCAAAACAGUACAAAGGAACAAACACUGGUCCCUUAAAGGGAUAGUUCACCCAAAAAUGAAAAUGUGUCACCCUUUCCUUAUGUUCAUGUCUCCUUUUGUGUUCAGCAGAUGAAACAAAGUCAUACAGGUUUGUAAUGACAUGAGGGUGAGUAAAUGAUGACGGACUUGUCAUUUUUGGGUGAAGUGUCCCAUUUAAUAAUUUUGUAAUUUGUGUUAUUGAUGUUUGACUAUACCAAUGUUACUUCUUGGAUAAUCUGAAUGUUGUCGUGUUGGUUUUUGGUAUUACGUUCUAAAUCUCCCCUGCAUAAUUUAGCUGUGACUUGUAAAAGCAGUUUAUUUUUUACUUUUGUUUAAUUUUUUCCCCGUUUCAUGCUGUGUCCACAAUAUAAUUAGUCUCAGCCAUUUUCAAUUAUCAGAAAAUGGAGAUCAAAGGAGAAGUACUCUGUGCCGGAUCACGUUACAUGCCAGGAUAAAUUGUAUUGAAUUUGACCAUGAGAGCUCUGCAAUAAAGAUAGAAAUAACUAAUUAUUAAACAUAUUAACUUACAAAUAAUUCACUUUCUGUUCUGAUGUUAUUUAUUGAUCAACAUUGAUCAACUUUCUGACCAUGAAUUGGUUUUAGUUCUCUUAAUGCAAUUUAAACAUAGCCAUCCUGUGAUAACACUGCCCACCAUUUCCUUCAGCUGAUUAUCUACAAUUGUCUGCAGCGUAAUGUAUUUAGACCCCAAAGGAAACGCCGUCUGAUGUAAAUCUAAACUUUGCUCAAUCACGACAUUGCAAAUUUGCACAGUUGUCAACAGCACAAACUUCAAAAAUGAGUGAAGUAACAAUGAACAGCUAAAAAUACUUUAGGAAAAGACUGAAAGAGCUACAGCUAUGCAAAAAGGUGCUACCAUAUCAAUGUCUCUCAGGUUGAAUUUAAAAUACUUUAUGGUGGCUGCAGUGAUGAAACAUGGUUGUUUUAAUCAAAUCUACAAAUUCUUAGAUUUCAUGUAUGAUGUAAUCUGUGAAUGAUGUAGAGGCUAAAUCCAUCUCUUAGCAAGAUUAGAAAACAUGUUAUUUCUCUUUAUGUGUAUAGAGCAACUCAAUUCUGGACACAAAUAAACUGAUCCUACAGAUGAAU